CUAAAUCCGUUUUUACUUUUUGAAUAAGCAGCGGAUGAAAGUAGCUCAAACGUCAACAAAAUACGUCAAAAACAACAAACUACAGUCUUCGCCGAGAGGAAGUUAAACAUCAUGCAGUUCAACCGCAGGUGGAAGUUUGGUUGGGGCAGGUUCAGUGAGGUGGACCUCUUCACAGAUCGCCAUGAAUCCAAUGCAGAGACUCUCUCACAGGCCAUCAGAGCUGCAGCGUCUGAGGAGCCCGAUGCAGACGGCAGCGUGCUGUUUGGUCAGCUCAAGGGAACCGUGGUCGGCCUCAGAUAUUACUCAGGGGUGGUGAACCAAGGGGAGAUGGUCGGUUUAGUGCGGCAGCCUCAGAAUCCAUAUGACCGCAACGCAGUGAUGGUUGCCAACAUUUACGGAAAUCAAGUCGGACACAUCAAGAAGGAGCUGGCAGCAGCAAUGGCUUACAUCAUGGACAACAACUUAGCGAAAGUAGAAGGGGUUGUAUUCUCAGGGACGAAAAACACCUACACCAUGCCGGUGAUGCUGUCCUUCUGGGGGAAAGAAGAGAGUAAAAAUUCUGUACUGGAACAAAUGUCACGCCGAGGAUAUAAGCUGAACACAGAGGGAGGCAAACUGAAAGGCGACAAUCAGCAGUGGUAUAAUAGUCAAGAUGCUCGGGCAUUUUCAUCCAAAAAAGGUGUGACCACUGCACUAACUGCCGACGAGCUAAAAAAUGCAUUUGAUAACCUUUUCGAAGGGUUGAUGGAGAGUAAGGAUGGAGAGAAAGAAGCUGCUGUGUCUGUGGCUACUCCCCUCCUGCUCCAUCAGAAGCAGGCGCUGUCCUGGAUGUGCGCUCGGGAAAACAAAGCUGCCCUGCCGCCGUUCUGGGAGAAGAGAGGCGAGCUAUACUACAACACCCUCACUUGUUUCUCUGCCAAAGAGCUACCAGAGAGGGUUCGUGGAGGCAUACUGGCAGAUGACAUGGGGCUGGGUAAAACACUGACUGUAAUUGCACUGAUUCUCACCAAUUUUCACAAAGGAAAGCCGCUGCCUGUGGAGAAAUGUGUUGAGAAGGUUUCGCCCAUUAAAGCUAAAACGACGUCACAAAUGGCCCUAACACUGGAAGGAAGCAGCAGUGCAGUUGGAGCUGGAGUGAGUGGCACAUCAAGUGGUUCUAACCUUACCCAGGAGGAGGUGAUCUGUGUUGAUGAACCACAUGCAGUGAAGGCAGCAGAUAAGUCAGAGAAAAGUAAGAGCAAAGAGAAGAUGAAAGCAACCAAGAGAAAACCAAGCAAAGAGGGAUCGGUGUUGUUUGAGGAUCUGGACUUUGCUGCUGCUCUGAGUGGCUCAACAUCUGGCACAGGCUCAAAGAAGAAGAAAACAGACAAGAAGUCCAGUCUCACUCAGAUUGCUGAAUCCUCCAUCACUGAAAGCCCAGAUGACUUAAAAGCAAGAACAACUCUCAUCAUCUGCCCCCUCUCUGUGCUCAGUAACUGGCUGGACCAGUUUGAGCAGCACAUGGACCCUAAUGUGAAGCUGAAUGUGUAUUUGUAUUACGGUCCAGAGAGAAACAGGAGUAAAAAGUUUCUGUCCUCUCAGGAUGUGGUGAUCACCACGUACAAUGUCCUCUCUUCUGAUUUUGGGAAUAAGAGUCCCCUCCAUGGGAUCAGCUGGCUGAGGGUUGUGCUAGAUGAGGGACACAUCAUAAGAAACCCAAACGCACAGAUGAGUAAAGCUGUACUUGACCUGAAAGCUCAGAGACGCUGGAUUCUUUCAGGUACUCCCAUCCAGAACAGUGUGAGGGAUCUGUGGAUGCUGGUGGCCUUCUUGGGUCUGAAGCCCUUUGAUACGAGAGAGUGGUGGAACAGAGUGAUCCAGAGACCCGUUACGCAAGGAGACAGGGCCGGCCUGCAACACCUUCAGACACUAGUGAAGUGCAUCACCCUGAGACGGACCAAGAACAGUGAGGUGAACGGGCGGCCUCUGGUGUCACUGCCUGAGAAGAAAGUCUACGUGGAGCAGGUAGAGCUCAGCCAACCAGAGAGGGAGGAGUACGAGCUGGCACGCACUGAAGGAAAAAACACCAUUGGCAGAUAUAUAGCUGAAGGUACAGUCUUGAGGAAUUAUGCUGAUGUGCUUGCCAUUCUCAUGAGGCUCCGACAGCACUGCUGCCACCCUGACCUGCUGGCAAAGAUGUCCUCAGAUUUAGGUGCUGCAGCAACACCGGCAGAGCUGCGGGAGCGUCUCAUAGAAAAGCUGCGGUUGGUGCUGGCCAGCGGCUCUGAUGAGGAGUGCUCCGUGUGUCUGGACUCGGUCCGUCUGCCCGUCAUUACACACUGCGCCCACGUAUACUGCCGGCCAUGCAUCGCACAGGUCAUCAGCACUUCGGGACAGGAGGUGGCGCACUGUCCUCUGUGUCGAGGUGAAAUCAAGACCAGUGAACUGGUGGAGUUUCCACAAGAGGAAAUGGAAGAAGAGAAUAUUACAAAGCCUGAGAGGUGGAGGACAAGCUCAAAGGUGCAAGCGCUCAUGGGAAAUCUGCUCAGGUUGCGAUCUAAAGACAGCAGCAUAAAGUGUUUGGUCGUCUCUCAGUUUACACGCUUCCUCACCAUCCUGGAGACUCCACUCAGAGAGCAUGGCUUCAGUUUUGUGCGUUUGGACGGCACCAUGACCCAGAAGAAAAGGACUCAAGUCAUCCAGGAGUUUCAGAGCUCAGCGGCCGACAGCCCCACCAUCAUGCUCCUGUCACUCAAAGCCGGAGGAGUGGGGCUUAACUUGACCGCUGCCUCUCACGUUUUUCUCAUGGACCCCGCAUGGAACCCAGCUACUGAAGAGCAGUGCAUUGACCGCUGCCACCGUUUAGGCCAGAAAAGGAAAGUUGUAGUCACUAAGUUCAUUGUGAAGGAUUCAGUGGAGGAGAAUAUGGUGAAGAUCCAGAGGAAGAAACAGGACCUGAUGGAGAAGGCAUUCGGAUCCACCAACACUGACAGGAAGACAUCUCGCAUCGAUGACAUCGUAGCUCUGAUGGAGCUGUAGACGUCUGGUACUGGACUUGAACUGAAGCGUUAACACGAGUUACAAACAAUGAUUUGCAUUUGAACCGUAAACCAUCAGUUAUUGUGUGUUCGUUCGUCAUGGUCAGGCAUAGUUUCUGUUGAUGAUAAAUGUGCUCAACGGUUUUUAAGUCACCAUUUUGAUACAAAGAUGCAGGACGUACCACUUGGCAAGCAUUCAUAUUAUUCAGCUGUGAUGUUUAGCAACUGCUACUCUUGAUUUACAUGCUUUAACAAGCCAAUACUGUGCUGAUUACUGGAAGCGGCUGAUAAAGAGAUUAAGGUUAAUAAUUAAAGGAGGUGAAGGUUGGACAAACCUAA